AUGGUGUCACCGUGCUAAUUCUUACCGACUGCACCGUGUCCCGACUUAAUAAACCAACUAAACCAGGUCUGCCACUGUUAUAAUGUCCUUGACAGAUGAUAUAAUAUGAAGUGAUUGGGCGUUAGUAAAGCCAAUUUGUGAAGCAGAAACACUCCAAUCACUGGUCUUCAAGCAGUGGGUUGCUUUCACUUUGUGUUUGAGCUCAGAGGCACGCAGGGCUGCAGCUUGUGUGUGUUUAUAGUGCAGUGAUACAGGAUUUAUUGAUAAUCUGAUGGUAAUGUUUACAUUUUUAUUUCCAUAUAUUGAUGGAACGGGGUGCUAAAUGUAAUUUAGAUCUUCUGUUUUCACAUAUUUGCAUCGUAUGUUACCAUAAAGACUGGAGCAGUGGCAGCAAAACAUCACAUGCCUUUUGUCCUCUCUCUGCACGUUAACAGUUUGUCACUUUUCUGAUGACUUGCACUCCUCUCUGUGGACUUUAUCUCGUCUAUGCAUGUCGCGCGUCACGUGCUUCCCCUUAACAAUAACUCAAGCCGCCGUCGCUCAACACCUGCGAUCGAAUGGUAUGUGACUUUAGCGGGGAGGUGGAGUUUAAAAACAAGAAGUAAAACUCGCAAAAGAAACCCGUCACCUGACUGAAGAGGUGUUAAACGGCAGACAAACAAGCAGGCGGAUACUGACGCCGGCAGCCAGGUAUGUAGAUGUUGGCAGGGAUCUGUUCCAGCACUGCUCAUUAUAUUUAAACUGCACCCCAGAUCCACCUCUGCCAAAUCAGCUUCAGUAAUAAGCAGUGAUUUCCACUUUUAGGCUCAGCAGACGAGCUCGUUUACGACCAGCAUGUAGGAAAUGCCUGCUGGCUGGGAGGGACCGGGCAGGUAAACUGCCACCGUGUUAAGAAAGAAGAAAUAUUUGUUCUUCCCUCCAGCUGUUGAGUGGUGCAGACGCCUGAAGGAAGAGUUUGAGUGGGAGCAACAUGAGCUCUCAAGAUGAACUGUCCCACGAGUGGAUGGACAGCCUUGGGAAUGCCGAGGACUUCUCUCCGAGGAAGGAGACAGAGGUUUUGGGAGAUUACAAGCCGGGAGACGACGGCGACGCCUUGGAGCCUUCGUUCCGGGACUCUCCGCAGCUCUUCCCGCUGAUGGAGACCAAGCUGUACAAGCGGCGCUGGGCGAUGCUGUUCCUCUUCAGCGCCUACUCCACGAGCAACGGCUUCAUGUGGCUGCAGUACAGCAUCAUCAGCAACAUCUUCAUGCGCUUCUACGGCAUUGACAGCCUGGCCAUCGACUGGCUCUCCAUGAUCUACUGCCUCACCUACAUCCCUCUCAUCCUGCCCGUCAUGUGGCUGCUGGACAACCGGGGCAUGAGGGACAUCGUGGUGGUGGGUUCCGCCUUCAACUGCGUCGGCGCCUGGAUCAAGACGAGCACGGCCGACCCCGACAUGUUCGCCAUGACCUUCUUCGGGCAGUUUGUGUGCUCGGUGGCCACGGUUUACAUCCUGGGCAUCCCGUCCAGGCUCGCGUCGCUGUGGUUUGGGCAGCAGGAGGUGUCCACCGCCUGCUCCAUCGGCGUUCUGGGGAACCAGAUGGGUAUUGCCAUCGGGUUCCUGGUGCCGCCCAUCCUGGUGCCCAACGUGGACGACAUGGCCGAGCUGGCGUAUCACAUCAGAAUCAUGUUCUACAUCAGCGCAGGUGUCGCCACCUUCAUCUUUGUCCUCGUCAUCAUCGUGUUUCAGGAGAGACCGGAGCUCCCUCCCACCCAGGCCCAGGCCCAGUCCAGGAGCAUACAGCCUGACGAGUACUCCUACAUGGCCUCCAUCCUGAGGCUGCUGCGCAACAAACCCUUCAUGCUCCUGGUGGUCAGCUAUGGUCUGAACGUCGGCUGCUUCUACGCCAUCUCCACGCUGUUGAACCGGAUGAUCAUCGAACACUAUCCUGGUGAAGAGGUGAACGCUGGGAGAAUUGGUCUGACCAUCGUCAUUGCUGGCAUGGCGGGUUCCCUCAUAUGUGGCAUUUGGCUGGACAAGACCAAAACCUACAAACAGACCACCCUGGUCGUGUACAUCCUCUCUCUGGUUGGGAUGCUGAUCUACGCCUUCACCCUCAACCUGGGUCACCUGUGGGUGGUGUUCGUCACGGCUGGAGCUUUAGGCUUCUUCAUGACAGGAUAUCUGCCUCUGGGCUUUGAGUUUGCAGUGGAGCUCACUUACCCCGAGUCAGAGGGAACCUCGUCUGGACUGCUGAACUGUUCAGCUCAGAUCUUUGGAAUCAUUUUCACCAUCUCUCAAGGCAAGAUCAUCGAUAAAUGGGGAACUUUAGCUGGAAACAUCUUCCUGUGCUUCUUCCUGCUAAUAGGAACAGUAAUGACGGGCCUCAUCAAAUCUGACCUCCGCCGGCAGAAGGCCAACCUGCAGACGGAGGUGCAGACAGUGAGCCCUACAGACUCCAUCUCGUCGGUGCAGGACUACGGGGCCACGUCGUGCGGUCGCCCCUGGCAACAGCAGUCUUGACAUUAACCCACAACCUCUUUAAAACCAAAACACACACCUGCCAAGAAAAUAACAGCUGAUCUGGAAAGUCGCGUCUCUCCACCUGAAAUCCUAAAAGAGGGGAAGUUGUAAGGAGGACGGACGUUCCCUCCGCCAAAGACAUCAUGUAGAGAUAUUCAGAAAAGACGUAGUGACACAUCAACAUGCACGAAUGAUCACAGAGGAGAUGCUGCUUUGGAGAUAGCUGGAGACAGAAUCAUAACACUGAACUGCUCUGUGAUGCUUUAACCUGCUGAACAUCUGAUGGACUGUUUGCAGAAACGCACACUACUAACCCAAGUGCGACUUAGCUCCUCCCCAAGAAUCACGCACAUGGGGAGUGCACUUGGAACAUUUUUAAAUCGUUAAAUAUCUUUAGUAAUUUUAUCCAACGAGGGCAUUUUACAUGUCAGUGCACUUUAGUGACUCCAACGUACUGGAUUGAAUUCCUGCUGCCCUCUCUAGUGUCGAUGUAGUGUUUUAUGCCUUUAAAGAGAAAUAUUUAAACUUUUGUUUCCUCGUAUUGGACCAAACUUGUAACUGAUCUCAGUCUUUACAUCGCUGAAGGUAUUCAUUUGAGUGUUCUGUUUUUAGAAUAUAUGCGUGUUCAACGUGUUUACCUGUCGGGUCUGCCACUCGGGAUCACGUGGAAGAACUACUUCUGAUUACUGCUGAUUAUGAUCGAUGCCGUGCAUCUGAGUACACUUUGCAAGGUCAGUUUUGUCCUCGUUUUUACUGUAAGCGACCUCCACAUGAAGACGUUCGGAGACGGAUGAACACACGGGAGAGCAUCUGGAACAUGAAGAAUGUCCGCACAGCACGAAGUGAUGGGAGGACGGGGCAAAUCAAAUCUACUGCCCUCGUCGUUUUGCACACUAAACUGUUUUUUAUGUGUACUUUAGCUUGUAAAUGUGUGAUAUGUAGUUCCUGCUGUGUAGCCAGUGCUUAUACAGGUUAACAUGUUUUACUUUGUGUGUCCUAUGAUUGUUCUGUGAUUGUGAGAUGCUGCUUAUUCUUUUAGUGGCAUUUUAGCGUCGUGAAUUUUCUAAACCCUUUAGAGUUUUUGCCAUUUUGUAUGAUGCUAACUGAUAAUAAAAAUCUUUAGACUGCAAACACAA